CUCCACCACCAACCACGCGUCCACACCCCGCCACUUGUACAAGUGAUCGUAAUUGCCGAUCGCAGGCACACACGGGCACACACACAGACACACGUAGACACACGGGCACACACACACAGACACACGAAGAUAGAUACACGCGGGUGGUCGCACGAGCGGGGAUACACAGGCAGACAGGCAGACAGCGUGUGGCUGCAGUGUCCGUGUUCUGCAACGCUCCGUUUCGCCUUUCCGCUGUCACUGCCAACGUGGAGACAUCGUCCGCCUCACCACCACCACCACCACUCCCCCGCACACCGCAUGGACAGACAGGCGGCGCGGCGCUGCAGGCGCGCCUGGCAGAGGAAGGAAGCGACGGCUCGAGAUGAGAACGGGCUCCGGUGUUAGCGCGUGAGAGUACAUCAGCAGCAGCAGCAGGAGUACAGACUGCAGAGAGAGACAGAGACAAGAUACACGUGGAACGGUGCAGCUACAAAGAUGUCAUGGCGGCCUCAAUACCGCAGCUCCAAGUUCCGGCACGUGUUCGGCCGCCCGGCCAAGCACUGCUACGACAGCGUGCCCAUCACGCGCAGCGUGCACGACAACCACUUCUGCGCCGUCAACCCCCGCUUCCUCGCCGUGGUGACCGAGUGCGCCGGCGGUGGCGCCUUCCUGGUGCUGCCGCUCCAGCUGACGGGCAAGGUGGACCCGCACUACCCGCGCGUGUGCGGGCACCAGGCCAUCGUGCUGGACAUCAAGUGGAGCCCCUUCAACGACUUCAUCAUCGCCUCGGCCUCUGACGACGCCACGGUGCGUGUGUGGGAGAUCCCCGAGGGCGGCCUGCACCAGCAGCUCACCGAGCCGCUGGCCACGCUGCGUGGCCACUCGCGCCGCGUCAGCCUCAUCGAGUGGCACCCCGUCGCCUCGGGCCUCCUCUUCAGCACCGGCUAUGACUGCAAGGUGCUGCUGUGGGACGUGGAGAAGCGCAUCGCGGUGCGCUCCUUCGACUGCCACGGCGACAUCGUCCUCUCCAUGUCGUUCGACUGCACCGGCAACGUCAUGGCCACCGCCUGCAAGGACAAGAACAUGCGCCUCAUCGACGCCCGCACGGGCGCCGUGCUCAAGCACCGGGACGGCACUCCGCACCGAGCACAGAAGGUGGUGGUGCUGGGGGACACCAAGAUGCUGGCGUCGACGGGCAUCUCCUGGAGCAACCAGCGACAGAUCGCCGUGUGGCACCAGGAGGACCUCUCCAAGCCGCUGGUGGUGCUCGACCUCGACGGGAUCUCCGGCCUCCUCUUCCUCUUCUUCGACUCCGACACGCGCAUGCUCUUCGUCGUGGGCAAGGGCGACACGACGAUCCGCUACUACGAGAUCAGCACGGAGACGCCCUUCCUGCACUUCCUCGGGGAAUAUCACUCCCAUCAGCCGCAAAAAGGAAUGGGCAUGAUGCCCAAACGAGGCGUGGACACGACGGCAUGCGAGGUCUUCCGCUUCUACAAGCUCAUCGUCCCCAAAGGCACCAUUGAGCCCAUCUCCAUGAUUGUGCCACGGCGGUCUGAGGCCUACCAAGAGGACAUUUACCCCUUGACUGCUGGGCCUCAGCCAGCUCUGAGUGCCGACGAGUGGCUGAGUGGCAUCAACAAAGGCCCCAAGCUGGUGUCUCUCAAGGACGGGGCCCUGGAGGCUUCCACCUCAGUGGCGGUGACGCCGGGCAGGGCGGACUUGAGUUCCGCUACCGCCGCAACCGCCGCUACCGCUGCCGGCAAGCCGCGAGAGGUCGCGCCGGCCCAGCGCUCGUUUCCCCGGCACAGGGAUCAGGUCGUGGUGAACGGGCAUGAGGGCGCCAACGACUCCAAUGAUAAACUCGACGGCAAGUACCGGCCGCCUCCGGACGACGAUCGGCUGAGGCAGCAGGAGCAGGAGAUCCGCAACCUGCGGUCGCAGCUGGCGAUCCGUGACGCCCGCAUUCGGCAGCUCGAACUCGAGCUCCGGAACCUGCACAACAGCGCGAGCCGUGCCGUCGUCCACCACCACCAGCACCAGCGGUACCAGCAGCAGCACCAGCAGCAAGUGCAGCAGCAGCAGCAAACGCAGCAGCAGGCGCAGUUCCCGUUGGCCACCGUGGGGGCCCAAGUGGCCGCACCUCUCUUCUUGACGCCCGCCGACGCGUCGGCCCGGCGCCCUGUCCUGGCGCGGUUCAACUCGGCGGCGUCGUCGCACUCCUCGGCGUGAGCCGAGAGCACGCCAGCCGGCAACCGGGGCAUCGGCGACUGGUAAUCGGGGCAUCGGCGACCGUCAACCCAGUGACCGGGAAUUUUUUUGUGCUCGGAUUUAAUUGAUCCCAUCGCCGGAGAAUAUUUAGUGGGUCGCCGGUUACCGGACAGCACCGACGAAGAAUCGAGAAGGAAUGGAAUAAAGAUCGGGAGGUUCUUUCCCUGCAGUGGGAAUUUUCGGGCUGACAACAACAACAACAGCAGCAGCAGCAGCAAUGGUAGACCGCAGGAUGCACGUGCCUGGCAGGCACGGCCGUACCGAGCGGCGUGCCGAAUGUGGCGCGCCGGGCAAGCCCUGGUUCUGCUGUCCGGCGAAGGGAGCUCCGGCGGGUGAGGUGGAAGACUGCGUCUCAGGUUUCGAUUUUUUUAGUUUUCCCCGCAUUGCCUGCUGGGUGAGUCCAGCGUCGCAGCUCGGUGGUCGUCGCAGAUACAGGGUCGGGCUGUCUACAUCCCCCCCCCCUCCUCCCCCGGCUUCCACCACUCCCCUGAUCAUCACCGACUUUUGAACUUUGGGGAGGAAAAAUCCGUUUUACAUCCUUACACGUGCCCCCCCCCCCCCUGCCCCCACGUUGGCUGCUCCGGGCCGACUACGAAGUCCUUGCUGGGUGCCUGGGAAAGCGGCCGAAAUUGGGCGGAUUGGGAACUGCGCAGCUCUGAGAUCAUGGAGGGAGGAGGUCUCUUAAUCUGCCUCGUCUGCCUCGCCCCCCCCCCCCCCCCCAGUCUCACCCCUCCCCUCGUCACUUUUCACACGCAGCCUCGGUGUAACGCAAACGCGCGCCGUGUUUUGUCCCCCCCCCCCGGCGUGCUCCGGGAGGGUCCCUCCGAGGGUGGCGUUCGACGUCGCCGCUUCGCCGCUCUUCUUGCUUCGUGGGGCCCGCGGGCGGCCGCCCUUCGCCGCCCUUGCCCAGUGCGCCCCGAUGUGGUGGUGGUGUCGUGGUGGUGUGGUGGUGGUGGCGUCGUGGUGGUGGUGGCGUCGUGGUGGUGGUGGUGGCGUCGUGGUGGGGAGCAGCAGCGCUACGAACCGGGCGACCCGAGUUCGAUUCCCGCUCACGGCCACCAACACCAGUGACGGAUUAUCUGAACCGGUCCCUGGGCGCCCCCUGCCCCCCCUCCCCCCCUAGAUCGACCCGGCCUCAAAUGUGUGCCUGGUGCGGUGCGUAGUAAAACAUCGCCACUGGGGAGACAAAGGCGGCCGGGCGUGGUGUUGGCCACCCUGCCCCUCCGUAUGCCGUGCCGGCCUUUGUAGGUGCUCGCUAAGCAGCACUUGCCCCAACAGUCUGUCAAGGUUAUAUAUAUAUAUAUAUGGAGGGGUCUUUGUCGUGGUGGUGGUGAUGGUAGGAAUGUGAUGCUGACGGCGGUGGUGGAGAUGAUGGUGGUGAAGCUGUUGGAGACGAUAAUGAUGAUGGUGGUGUCUAUUUUUUAGUUUUUAUAAUUUUUUAUUCUCAUUUUACCAUGUGAGUGCCACUGUGCUAUGUAGUCCUUUUUUGUCAUAAGCGACAUGGCCACAAAUAAUCGCUCGACAAAAGGGAAUCAUCACGUAGAAAUGUAUAGCAGGCAAAACAAUCCAAACGAAUGAUGUUGAUUCUAAAUGUGGAGGGAAAAAACCCUUGGGACCCGGAGAAAAAUACACGCGACCACGGGGAAAGACACGCAAACUCCACAUAUACAGCAGCAGGCAGUCAGGGACUGGAUCGAUCCCACGACUGCCUGUAUAUCAGGCGAGAGAGUUAACAUCUCGCCACCACCACGGCACACAUGGUGGAGAUGAUAACGUGAUCAUAAUGCAGGUGGUAGUGGUGUCAUAGUGGAAUUGAUGAUUGUGUAGGUGGUGGAGAUGAUGAAGAUGAUCAUCUAGGUGAAGUUCUGGUGCCCUCGUGGUAUAGAUGAUGAUGAUCAUGGUGUGGGUGAUGGUGACAGCGGGGCUAGCUUGCGGUCGCGGUGUGAUGGUGAAGGGUGAUGGUGAUGAUGGGUGAUGCCCAAGUUAAGUGGCGGUUGUGCCAUGGCUCCCGACGCUUGUACAGCCCCAGGUCCGCCAGUCUUUCAGCGCACGCCACGACCGAGGGAGGAGGCAGAGCACGCAGCCAGCCCAGCGGGGCGCCGUGGCAACGCGAGGCUCCUCCUGCUUUUUCCCAGCCGCCCAGGCAGUGAGAGUCGAUCACUUGCACAAUAGCAGAACGAGGGUUGUGGAGCGACGCACGAGCGGUCCAAAUUAUAAUAACACGAGUGUAUGUACCGUUGAAGCCUCUUUCGCCAACAACCGUGAAUAACACUGGUCAACACACUUUUUCUGGCACAAGGUAUUCCAACGGUUUAAGGUAAUUUUGGGGUGCUGAUUCCAAAUCUGGCAUCAGUUUUUGUCUAUCACAUCAGGUUUUUGAUAUAUCAAAUAUUGCAUUUUCAAUAAAAACUGCAGAAGAAAAAUAUUAAAUAAAUUUGGAUAUCUACAUAAAAUGAUAUUAUAAACACACUAUCCUAAAAAUACAGCAUCAUAUUUUAACACUAAAGCAGUCACUGACUCGCAACAACUUGCAAUCAUAAGUGACAGAGUUAAUUUCGGGUAAAAUCAAUGAAAAUGGGGUAUGCCUAUAGCAUAAAAAUGAGAUGUGAUAGAGCAAAUCUGGAAUCAGCACCCUGAAAUUAGUCUAAAACAGCUGCAAAAGUCCAGGCCAGAAAAAAAUGUUUUUUUUUUGUUGACCAGUGUAAUCGGACUGUGACUUCUUUAGUGCCCUGUGAAGACUUACACAUUUCCCUUGGGCAGCUACCUCAACGAAAAAGAUGAUGAUGAUGAUGCUGAGAGAAAACCAGGAACGGGUGAUCGCGUUGGUUGAGCGAUUUGCCCGAGCUCGCUGUGCUAUAUCUCCCAUUAUCUCUCUCCACACGCUCGCUCGCUCUCUCUCUCUCGCUCUCUCCACCUACAGCCACCGCCCCAACCCCCCGGAGGAAUGCCGCUAGCCGACCGCUCGUAUUGUAUCGCCGAGAAAUGAAAAUAUAUUAUUAACGAGCUCCACGGGAGAGGCAGCGGCAUUGGGCCCCGUCUGCUGUAACGCGACGGAGAGCGUCGGCCGGGUAACGGUCGUGACACGACGCCCUCCCGCCCCGUCCGUGUGCCACGUCACCUGAAAUUCAGACCGCAAUCUCACGAGGGCACAAACGAUUAGGGCCACCUCCGUCGCUGCUCCGCGCCGCCGUGUCAACCCAUACGGUUUACCCGCUAUUCUUGUACAGCGAGACGGAGUGUUAAACAAAACAAAAAAGUGUCGUCUGUUUGUGUUUCUCCCUUGCGAUGGGACUUUGUAGGAUGAACGUUGAGAUUUCUAAGGGCACGGGGUGACCAAUAGGGUCUGAAUUGGUCUGUAAUAAUGUAGGGCACUGAUAAGGGGUUGACAGGUAUGCAUCGAGCACUGCCACCACCCCUCCCUUAUUACAGAACGGACCGAGAAGAAUGUUGUUACAGCAGCAAGGCAAAUGUUUUGGUAGUGGGGUUGUAGUUUGAGCUGAGGAGUCGUGCUUACAUGGCAAGCACAUCUGGCAUCCAUUCGGUUUCAAUAUGUUCUCUUUUUUUUAGACCGAUUUUAUUAAUUUUUUUCUCCGUCAAUUCCUUUCCUUUAUCCAUAAUAGAGGUUAUCUUUUGGGUGAGAUCGCGUAAAUAUAUAAAUGUGUCGUUAGAACCCGCCACCACCCGACACAGCCAACUAGUAAGGGUUGUCACGUAAACAGAACGUGCCAAUUCGUCACGAGUACGGCACUAACCGGUGUGUUGGAGAGCCAAGCCACAACAUUUCCAACACACCGGCGUGCUGUACCAGUGACGAAUUGGCCACGUUCUGUUGACUGACAACCCUUACGAGUUGGCUGUGUCAGGUUAUGGCGGGUUUUAACGACGCAUUUAUAUAUUUACGCGAUCUAACCCAAAAAACUCUAUUAUGGAUUAUAUUGGCCGCGAAAGCCUACGACGUGUUACACUCCUUUCCUUAAUUUUCAACCGGGGCCGAGGGCCUCUUUGUGAGAAUACCAAGGGAGAGGCGGGUCGCCGAGUCACACAGGAGUACACGAUUAGCACGGUUGGCUACGUACGGUGCGAAAGAAAGUUCAACGUACACACGUGCGUUGCGCGACGCUGAACGCCCGAGUAUUAAGAGUGGCGUAGACGGUGCUCUUCAACUUGUGGAUUUAAGGUAGUAAGAAAGAAAGCACGGGUGAAAUUAUUUUCACACGAAGCAAAUGAGGCAUUGUGGGAGACACUACAUCGGAAACCCAUUCCUUUAGAGCCACUUUCUGUGUGUCCAGGUUUGUUGUCCUUUCCCCGCACCUCCGAUGAGCAUGGUUGCCUACGUACGGCGCGAAAGAAGUUCAACAUACGCGCAUACAUAGGAGGCAGGGGCAAAGAUGUGCGUGUGUUGACAUCACGCGCGUGCUCACGCUCAAAUUCCUAUUCCCUUGAGCGAUUAGCAAUCGUUACGGACUCCGGCAGAGAGACGCGUAAAACCCCCACUCGGGAACUCUCGCAAGCGAGCAGUGUGAUCACCUCGUGGCAGACAAAAGCCACCACCAUGUCUACUCUCCCUGUGCUCCCACGUUGGGCCAUUGCCUCCACAGCACUCGCCCACUACUGUACACACACAUUUCUGUGAUAAGGCGGCGUUGGUCAUGUUUUUAGCGGGUGGGUGGUGGUGGGUGGAGCGGUGUCUUAUUUCCGCUGAACUUGAGAUUUGCAUUCGAUUUAAAGCUUUCGUGACUGCAGGGAUUCAUCUUCUUGGUUCUUUUGGUAAAGUCACGUAGAAGGGAAAUAAUACAAUAAUAAAAAUAAAACAUAAUCAAAUAUUUUUUAAUGUUAUAUUUUUAUUAUUCAAAUAAUAAUAAUAAUAAAAUAUUUUAUUAUGUUUUAUUACGUAGAAGGGAAAUAAUAAAAUAAUAAAAAUAAUAAAAAUCUAAUAUUUAAUUGUUUUAUUUUUAUUAUUUUAUUAUUUCCCUUCUACGUGACUUUACCGAAAGAACCAAGAAGUUGAGUUUUGCUUUACAAAAAAUCUGCCUUUUGUUUGCGAGCUGCCUCUGCAAGGUCCCUCGCUCUACUGCCGGACCAGGGAUUGUUUUAGUGAGCGUCAGUGCCAGAUUAAGCUAGUGCGGGGCCUGUAUCAUAUGUUAUGAACGGGCCCUAAAUAAAAAAAGCACGUAAAUAUUAAAACACAUAAAAUUUUUUACUUGCAUAGUAAAGUAAUUGAAUUUUUUCAUUUGCUAUACGACAAAUCGAUAACCUUAAACACCCAGUCGUUCAUAAAAGAUUAAUGUGGUCUAGUACUAUAGUAAUAGAGCAAGUGCAGAAUCACUGAACCGGAUUUGAUAGCUUGAAAACAUUUAGCGUGGGGCCCUUGAAAGUGCGGGGCCUGUAGCUACUAUAUAUGUAGCUACUGUUGCUACUCGGAUAAUCCGGCAAUGGUUAGCGUGCAUCACUGUUGCUUUAAAAAAAUGUCCCACGAGCUCCACUAAAAAUGACCCCGAGUUCACGCCCACCUCAGAAUCAGAAUCUGAUGGGCUAUAAAGCUGUUCGUUCACAGAUGUCCAGUCGGGUACGGGGCAGAGAGCUACGAUAACAAGCGAUACAAAAAACACGUUAGGAGUGCAAAGUAUAGGAAAGUGAAUGAAAUCACACGAAAAAUAAGAGUAAACAAUUUUUUUUUAUUUCACCAGGUAAAGCCCACUGAGCUAUUAGCUUCUUUUUCAGAAGCGACCUUGCCACAAAUGAUAGCUCAACGAAGUGGCUCAUCACGUGAGCAUGUAUAGCAGCUAAAUAAUCUAAACGCAUGUUUUUAAACGUGAAGGGAAAAACCGGAGGACCUGGAGAAAAAAUCCACGCGACCACUGGGAGAAAGACACGCAAACUCCAAAUAUACAGCAGGCGUCAGGGUCGGGAUGGAACCCCAGACCUCCUGCAUACCGGGAGAGGAAUAUAACAUCACCUCCGUUCAGGGCCAUACACCGACACGCAGUCUCAAUGAUUGUUCUCCAUUGUGCUUGGGUUCCCACCUUCAGAGGUACCAAAAACCGAGACAUAUCAUGGGAGUAAGGCUUAUAUCUAUGUUCUAUGUACCACGAAAUGUGGAAUACUACUCGUUAACGUUUCGUCUUGAGUGAUGUGUCAUUAUGCAACCGACACUACUUUUAACAUCCCGGGAAGACGUAUUUAUGUUUUUCUGGGACAACUACCUCAACAAGAGGACGACCCUGCAUGGAUGGGGGGGGG